CUGCAGAUGCACUCAAAUGCAUCUGUCAGUCAUCGAAGAUUUAAAUACCGUUGUUUUGCAGUCUUGCACACGUACUCUGGUAAUUUUGUUAAGAUAUUAAUCAUAUUGUAGAGAAGCAGUGUUAAUUAAAUAUGCAAGAAUCGUACCCGGUAGUCGGAAACGUCCCAACCCACAUCCUGACGUGGGGCAAGUGGAUCGAAGAAUCACUGGGAGAUCAUAAGGAGAUUGUCCUCUGCAUCACCGGAAAUCCAGGCUUGCCCGGCUUCUACACCAAGUUCCUUUCUACGGUGCACGAAUGUCUUAACAAAGAGAUGCCAGUGUGGGUUAUCGGUCAUGCCGGACAUGACGAAGCUAGGGAUAGCCCAUACAAGAAGCCCGUGCCACCAAUCGAGAAGAACGAACAUCUGUACAACCUCCAGGGUCAAUUGCAGCAUAAAAUCGAUUUCAUACGAAAGUAUGUUCCGGCCGACGUGAAAAUUCACCUAAUUGGACAUUCCAUUGGAUGUUACCUAGCUUUGGAACUGCUUAAAAUUCCGGACAUUAGCGAGCGCAUUCAACACUGCUAUUUCCUGUUCCCUACUAUUGAACGAAUGGCAGAUGCCCGAAAUGGUUUCAUUCUGACCAAGAUUAUCAAUCCGAUAUAUCGCGUAGUCCAGUGGUUCUAUCGAUGCUUCGCAUUGCUUCCUACCAUCAUCAAGGUGUGGAUAAUUUACUGCUACUUCCUCGUAACGGGAACUCCCAAACACUAUCUUGGAACUGCACUAAAAUACACCAAUCCAGCUGUGAUAGACAAGGUCUGGUUCAUGGCCCUGGAUGAAAUGGAGAAGGUGCGAAAUUUGGAUUUGAAUACAAUCGAGCAGAAUAAACAUCGGCUAAAGUUCUACUACGGAACCACGGACGGGUGGGUACCGGUGAAAUACUACAAAGAACUGAGGCAGAAGGUUCCGGACGCAGAUGCAGAACUGUGCACCAGAAAGAUCGAACAUGCUUUCGUGCUUCGGUCAGCGGCUCAGAUGGGAUUUAUGGUUGGAGAGUGGAUCCUUAAGCAUCGGGUAGUUAUGUAAGGGCUAUGGGAAAAUAUUGUUUAACUUAUCCAAAAUGUACUAAUAAAUAUGCAUUUAAACAUAAACUACAACGUAGUAAUCAAAAGA